CCUUAAGUUUUUUUUGACAGCAUAACCGGCACAGGGGCUCUUCACUGGCAGAAAGAAACCCUAACACCAAAAACCCCGUACCCUAAUCCCAAAAUCACCCAAAAAACGCAACGAAAAUGGCGGAAUCAAAAGCAAAAUCAGAGUCGUCAUUGAAAGAUCAAGGCAAUGAAUUCUUCAAAGCUGGAAAUUAUCUCAAAGCCGCUGCUCUCUACACUCAGGCCAUUAAGCAAGACCCUUCUAACCCUACCCUUUACAGCAAUCGUGCUGCAGCAUUUCUGAAUCUGGUUAAGCUCAGCAAAGCACUUGCAGAUGCCGAGACUACAAUCACUUUGAACCCUACCUGGGAAAAGGGCUAUUUCAGGAAAGGGUGUGUAUUAGAGGCAAUGGAACGAUAUGAUGACGCCUUAGCUGCCUUUCAAAUAGCUUUGCAGUACAAUCCGCAAAGUUCAGAGGUGUCAAAAAAAAUAAAGAGGCUUGCACAGCUGGCGAAAGAUAAAAAACGAGCUGAAGAAGUGGAAAGCAUGAGAUCCAACAUUGAUAUGGCAAAGCACUUGGAUGUCUUGAAAUCUGAACUGUCUGAGAAGUAUGGAGCUGAAGAAAGUUGGAAAGAAAUUUUCUCUUUCCUUGUUGAAACAAUGGAGACAGCUGUAAAAUCAUGGCAUGAAACUUCUAAAGUGGAUGCUAGAGUUUAUUUUCUUCUUGAUAAGGAAAAGACAGAUAAUGAUAAAUAUGCCCCAGUUGUCAAUAUUGAUAAGGCAUUUGAAUCACCCCAUACACACGGCAGUUGUUUUGACUUUCUUAGGCAGUAUGCUGAUGAUUCUUUCUCUCACGCGGCUUGCUUAGUGGCACCCAAGAGUAUUAUAUCUUACCCACAGGUUUGGAAAGGUCAGGGAUCAAGGAAAUGGAAGCAUGGACAAAAUGAUGGAUUCUUCGUUCAAUUUGAAUCACCUUUAUCCCGAAAAUUGUGGUUUGUUCCCAGUUCCACUGAGAAGGGGCAAAUAUUGUGCAGGGAUCCAGUGGUUGUGGACAUAAGUGCACAUGAAUUGCUUCCUCGUCUAUUCAAGCAAUCCUAGUCCAAUUUCAGUUGCCUCUUUAUCUUGGUUUGGAAUCCAUCAUAGGACCAUCACUGGCAAGCUAAAUUGGGAGGCCUGUUAUUUGGAACGAGGAUAGAGUGCAUGGUGCCCGAGUUUUAGUGGAGAGCCAGCUUCACAUUUCCUGCAUGGUCACAUGAAAUGCGAGCAAGAGAAUACUUCGAGGUCUGUCAUUGAGCUUGUCUUGAGGGUUUUGGCAAGCUUUUGCUUGUUUGCUUGUUUUUUUAUUUAUUUAAAAAGAAGUGAUUGCAUUUUGCGGUGUUUCAAAACUUGUGUUAUGGCUUCAUGUACUGUAAAUGGUGAUGCAGUUGUGAAAGUCAUGUGGUGGUUCCUGUUGCCGGUUCUCCACGUGCUGAUCUGAUAUACUCAAGAUUUUUUUCUUCCUUUUUCUUUUUCUUUGGCUUAGAUGCUUACCACACAUCCAAGUUGUGAAAAAGGCAUGGAUUGUGAUAUUGAAAAUUAUGAUUCCCCUAGAAAAGUUGCUGCUUUCCAGUAUGCAAUUGAGGAAGUGUAGGACCUUUUUGUAUUAUUGCAACUUAGUUUUUGUUCCAUCACAUUUAUCAGCAAAGUAAUUCGAGUGGCAAUUGCAUACAA